AUGGAUUCUGUAAAGGGGAAAGGGAAGAAAAAUAUGGCGGUCAAGGCAUGGGAGCGAUGCCGGGUCAUAUGUGGCGGAGCCAAGAAGUCAGCAGUGAACCCAUUUAGCCCUUGGAGCUCUUUCUCAAAGAGCAAACCCUCAAAGCGAUCAGAAGUUGAUAAGCCUAAAACAAAGUCCCCAGUGCCUCCCAAAGGUUACUUCCCAGUCUACGUUGGAGCCCAGAAACAGCGGUUCGUGAUCAAGACCCAGUUUGCUAACCACUCACCAUUCCAGAUGCUGCUAGAGGAGGCUGAACAGGAAUAUGGAUACAGCAAUGAAGGCCCUGUGUUGCUUCUAUGUGAAGUGGAUACCUUCAAUAAGGUGUUGGCAGAAAUGAACAGUGGCGACCAUGGCCUCACUCCAGGCUGCGUCUUUGCCAAGAGGCACGGUUGCUAUAGCCUUCUCAGUCCAUUUCGAAUGCUCAAGGUGGAUCGAGUACAAUGA